AUGGACGAUAUGUUUGAAUUAUCUGAAGAUAACCAAAUUCACUUGUCUAAUUUGAGAUCGAAAAUCAUUCGAGAAAUUAAUACUGCUUUGCUUAAAGAUACACAACAAGCGUUACGUGAUACGAAAAAAGCAGAAUUAGAAUUGUUUUCUUCUAAUACUCAGCAAUUUGGGAUUGAAGAGUUUGCUACAAGGAAAGAUGCGCUAUAUCCUAAAACUCUUAAAGAUGACAAUUUACAGUAUAAUGACUCCCCACUGGCACAUACUACAGCUCGAAAGCCACAAUGUCUUGAUAACGAAGGCGGACAAUUUCAGUUUGAUUAUGCAACUUUGGACAACAUACAGAGACAAUUGUGGGAAAUGAGAAUGAAAAAGUCUGUCACUAAUAGGGCACGUCACGGUGCAUGUUCUCAAGAAUGUGAUUUGAAAGAGCCCAUCCAUCCCACUUAUACGGAAAAGCAAUACGUGGACAUUAUGAAUCAAAUAUAUUUGCAUAAUUUAAAAAACGCUUCCGAGAAAAAAACUCUUAAUUUAGACAAGAAAUAUAUGAAAACCUUUACAGGAUACAUAACAAACUUUAACACAAAUGAAAAGAAUGAAAUAUUGUCUAUGUCUUUGCAGACAGAACAUAAUGAAAUGGUAUCCUUUGAAGCAAAUGCUACUCAGAAUACAACUCCAAAUGACUACAUUAUUAUACUGAGCAAAGUUGAAGAAAUUCAGAAUAAUGACAGUGCAAACAUUAGUCUUAGAAACGAUAGUAGUUACGAGGAUAUGAUUGAUGGAAAUAAAGUUAUAAAUAACGCACAUUAUCCAAAUUACACACUCACGAACUUAUCUCAAAACCAAUGUGUGAAUCAGAAUCUGAUGGAAGCUGAGAAUAUUGAGAAAAAUACAAUUCCUCAUGAAUAUUGCUCUGAUAUGGAUAGCGACUGGUUAAUUGAUUUCAGCGAUACUAUUCUUACCAACAGUGACGGCGUUGAAAAUUCUUCUUCCGGCAUUGAAUGCUCAAAUAAAAACGAUAGAGAGCAAGACUUAACUAUUUCCAAUUAUAAAAAUGAAACUGAAGUAGAAUAUGAAGCAAAAAAGAAGAAUGAAAAAAAUGUUGUAGGAAAGGAAGACAAAAACAAUGCGCAGGAAUCAAAUAACACAACAGUAGUACAGAAUUGCGGCAGUACAGAGACCCCUAAAUUCGAAAAAAGUACCGUUAAAAACAAACUACAAAUAACACCGCGUUGUAAAAAUUAUUUAAGUCAAAAUAACAAAAAUGAUACCCUGGCAUCGAACAGAGUAAAAGCAAAUAAGUUUACUAAAGAUGGAAGUCAAUCAAAGCAGGGCGAACUGAACAGUUUAAAGACUGUUAUCCCACGUUAUCCCAAUUAUCUUCGACAUUAUAAUGACCCCAAUUUUCUAGUCAAUAAGAAAGUUGCAAAAUCUCAUGAUCAAGUCCCUGAUGAAAUCAUCAAGCAUCCUCGAUAUCCAAAUUACCUAAAGGGUCACAAUGUAACCAAAGUUAAUGUGAAUAACCAAAUCAAAAAAACAGUGAAGAGCAAUGUUGCAUCUAGUAUGGUUUUGCCCACCAACUUUAAAAAGAUAAAACAGAAAGCCAAUUUAGCUAUGAGAAAAUCUUAUACAGAUAAUCCAAUUAUUCCUCGUUCUAAUAAAAUUCCUCAAAUAAAAGAAGACAAUGCAAAAGGAAUGGUUUCUAAUGUUAAGAAAAUUAUUUUAAAGCAUACGUCUAAAUCAGAAAAUACAAAGUCUUCAGUAAAAUCUGUAAUUUUCUGCAGACCUGAUGCCAAAGAUUUAAACACAUCUAAGCAAGAUGAGAUCAGAAAUUUUACUGCUAAUAACAUCUGUGUGCAGUUGGAGACGAUCGAUAAAGUUAAUGCUACAGAAAAUGAUGAAGCGAGUGAAGAGAUUGCAGCCAAACUGGUGUCAAAUGGCUUAAAAAAGUGUGGGGAAAUGCCGAAAGUGGAAAAUGUGGCAGCAUGUAAAGAGAUUGAAUCUGAUGAAAGUUAUGAACAGAGUGAAAAGAUUAAAACUGAACUGGACUGCAAUGAAUUAAAGGGGUGUGAAGAAAUAUCGCAGGUGAAAAAUACGGUAGGGUAUAAAGAGCUUAAAUCUGAUGAAAAGUGUGAACAGAAUGUAGUGCAACUAGUUUCAAAUGGCUUAAAGAAUAAUACACAGAUACCGAUACUGAUUAAGGAUGAUGCAGCAAGUGAGGAGAUCAAGUAUUUUGAAAAUCAUAAACAUAGUACACAGGAUGCAGUCAAACCUAUCUCAUGUAGCUUAAUGUGUAAUAAGGAUACAUCAAAGCUGAAUAAUGAGACAGCAAGCAAAAAAGCUAAAUUUUAUGAGAAUGAUGGGUAUAUAGAAGAGGUUGUAGCCAAUCAGUUAUCAAAUGGUUUACAGGAGAAUAAGAUUUUAGCCAAGUUUAAGCAAGACUCAAAAGGAUUUAACAAAAUUGAGGAAAUUCCAAAUGAGAUAAAUGAACAGUUAAGUGAAAAAAUAAAAACGGAUGAAAAUUAUGAACUCAGUGAGCAUGCUGAAUCCAAACAUAACUCAAAUUGCAUAAAGGAACACGUGACAAUAUCGAAAAUGAUGAAUAAGGUUGCAAUUGAAGAGGUUGCAUCUCAUGAAAAUUAUAACCAGAAUGAACAUAUUGCAGCUAAGGUAGUUUCUGAUGGAUUUAAUAAAAAUGAAGUAAACUCGAAACAGAUUGAUAUGACAGAAAAUGAAAAGACUAAAAUUGUUGAAAAAUCUGAUAAAAAUGAACAGGUUACAGUCAAAUUAAUCUCAAACGGUUUAAAGAAGAAUGAAGAAAUACCGAAACAGAUUAAUAAGGCAACACGUAGAGAGUUUAAUUCUGGGGAAGAUUAUGAACAGAGUAAACAGGGUUCAGCCAAAUUGCAAUCAAAUGGUUUUAAAAUGCAUGAAGAAAUACCGACGAUAAUGAAUAAGGUACCAACUGAAAAGAUAAAAUCUGAAACUGUUAAAAUAAAUAAUUUUCAACGAAAUUUCAAUAAUUCAGAAAAUCAGACAGCAAAAUUCAACAUCGAAAAAUUUAUAAAUGCAACAGUUAAUGCCAUCCAAGACUUGCGACACAGCGGUAGUAUUCCCGGUGAUAAAAUUGUUGAAAAAGAAGUUACAGUAUUCAAAGAUGGCAUGGAAGUUAAGACUAAAACUCUAGUGAAAAACGAAUACAAACUAGAAUAUGAAACGAAUUUUGGGGAAUCAGAUGAGCGACCUAAAGAGUCUUAA